AUGAGUGCACUCCCUCGUUUACCGUCCAUUAGAGAGCUAAUCAAACUCUAUGGUCUCACUGCAAAAUCACAACUAAGCCAGAAUUUUAUUCUUGAUAAGAACAUCACAGACAAAAUUGUAAAAACUGCUCAUGUCACCGAUCAAACACCACUCGUAGUCGAAGUUGGACCUGGUCCCGGCCUACUAUCUCGAUCUAUCUUGGAUGCUGGCGCUAACAAAGUGAUUGCAGUAGAGAAAGAUGACCGAUUUAUACCUACACUCCAUCAAUUGUCCGAAGCUUCAGGAAAAAGAUUUGAGGUCAUUCAAGGCAACAUGCUUACGAUCAGCCAUCAAGAUAUCAUUGACAAGGCAGCAGUGACACAUGUAAAUCGUUCACAACCUUCCCAUAUCAUGGGUAAUCUGCCUUUUAAUGUUGCCUCACCGCUUCUAUUGCAAUGGCUACAUCAACAGGCUGGUCAGCAAGGCUUAUUUGGAAUCAAGAGCGACAUUUGGAUGACUCUGAUGUUUCAAAAAGAAGUUGGAGAUCGCAUUGCAGCAGACGUUUCCACAUCAAAACGAGGCCGACUUGCAGUGAUGGCACAAAGUUUAUGCCAUGUCAAGGAAGUGUACAAAGUGCCUGCGACUAUCUUUGUUCCUAAACCCAAAGUAGAUGCCAGUGUAGUUCAGUUGCGGCCCAAGCCAUUCUUUACCGAUGCAAAAGAUAUGCCAGGAACCUACAUGGCACUAGAGAACAUCCUUAGAUUCUACUUUACGAAGAGAAGAAAGACAAUAGGGCACAUUACAAAGAGGCUCGGCAAAGAGAUGCACGCAAUCACGCCUCUGCUUGUUGAGCAAAUAGAAAGUAUGAUAGAUUUCAAGGCGAGACCUGAAGAUAUUCCUACAGAACAGUUUUGUGAUUUAGCCAAGCUUUUAUACAAGCAUGAUAUUGUCGAGUUACCAUUGAUCUAA